ACUUUGAUACUCGUUGUAUUUCAUGGGUUCAAAGAAAUGGCUAAAAAGGUGCAAGUAGUAUAAAAUUUUAGUUUAAAAAUAAUAUAUUCCUAUUGUCUGUUAUAGUAAAUGGUGAAUUGUUUUACGACUCAGUACUAUACACCGUUUUUUUAAGGAUAUGGCGUCAACGGGCAGUACACCUUUUCCUAAAUGGCAACUAGCUAUUCUUUUAGGUGCUCCUUUAGCCAUUGGUUUAGGUUACCUUUAUCUAAGAAAUAGAUUAGAAGAUUCUGAAAAUAAGAAAGUCACGGAUCUGAAAACCAAGACAACGAUAUCUUUGGAUAAUGAGGAAAAUAAUACCAAGGCCUCUGAAACCGCUAUCGACCGCGCAAUGAAAUUGAAAGGCGCCGGAAACCGUGCUUUCCAUGCUGGCGAGUAUGAUAAAGCUAUAUCUCUGUAUAAUGAAGCUAUUGAGGCAUGUCCUCCUGAUCGUCCAGUAGAUCUUGCUACUUUUUAUCAGAAUCGUUCUGCGUGUUAUGAGAAACGUGAAAUGUGGGAACAAGUUAAAGAAGAUUGCACGUUUGCACUUAAGCUCAAUGAGAAAUAUGUGAAAGCAUUCCUGCGAAGGUCUCGUGCAGCAGAGAAAAGUGGCGAUCUUGUUCUAGCUUUGGAGGAUGUUACUUCUGCUUGUAUCUUGGAAAGAUUUCAAGUUCAGAGUUCUUUAGUCAAUGCUGAUCGUAUACUAAAAGCAUUAGGUAGACAACAUGCUCGAGAAGCUCUUGCUAAACGGCGUCCUGUGAUGCCUUCCAAACAUUUUAUUAAAACAUACUUUUCUGCAUUUUCUGAGGAUCCCAUUUCUAAAAUGCAACUUGAUGAUAAAGUUACUGGUGGUUUUGCAAAGGCAAAAACUGCCCUCAAUGCUCAGGAUUAUGAUGCCAUUGUAGAUGCUUGCACAGAUGAAUUGUCAGGUAAUGGAAAGUACAAAAAUGAGGCUUUGUUAUUACGUGCAACAUUCUACUUGCUUUUGGGAAGACAUGAUGAGGCCCAAGCGGAUCUUGGAAUUGUUAUUGACAGUGAUGCAUCAACUAAAGUGAAAGUCAAUGCAUUAAUCAAGCGUGCAUCUCUUUACACUCAAUUGGAGAACACUGACCACUGUUUGGAAGACUUUGCUCGAGCAGCACAACUAGAUGCAAAUAAUUCAGAUAUUUACCAUCAUCGUGGUCAAGUAUACUUGUUAUUAGAAAGAAUGGAUGAAGCAACAGCAGAGUUUGCAAAAGCUGUUGAACUGAACCCUGACUUCUCCAUUGCUUAUAUCCAAAAGUGUUAUGCUGAUUAUAGACAUGCACAAAUAAAUAAAAAUGUUGGUGCUUUAGCUCAAGUGAGAGCUGAUUUUGAACGGGCAUUGGAAAGAUUCCCACGAUGUGCCGAAGCAUAUAUAUUGUUUGCACAAGUUCUUUCAGACCAGCAGGAGUGGGGACGUGCUGAGUCACUAUUUGAUUCUGCUCUAUCAGUGGAUCCCAAUAAUGCCACAUUGUAUGUUCACAAAGGGCUUGUACAGCUACAAAAGAGUACAGACUUUGACAAGGCUGUCAAACUGAUCAACAAAGCUAUUGAAAUGGAUGACAAAUGUGACUUUGCUUAUGAAACACUUGGCACCAUAGAAGUACAGAGGGGAAAUCUCAGACGAUCAUUAGAAUUGUUCGAGAAGGCUAUUGCAUUGGCUAAAACAGAAUUGGAAAUGACACACUUAUUUUCAUUAAAGGAUGCAGCUGCUGCACAGUUAAAGGUUUCAGAGCGUUGGGGACUAGAUUGGACUGUGAGCUAGGUUUCUCUGCAUCCAAGGUUAUCAUCCAAACAAUGAGAAUAUUAUUUAGUUUACAAAAUUCAUCUUGCAUGUUAAAUACUAUAUACAUUUAUUUUAAAUUUUUUUUUCAUUGAAUAUAUUUGAAUUUGUCCAUUUUAAUAAAUUUUGCAACAAAUAUAUUUUAUGUAUUAUAUUUAAUAUUAACGCCAAUUACAGACUGCUAAGUUAAAUACUCUUCUCAUUGGAUGGAAAUAUUUACCUAGCCGUCGCCAACUCCUACACUGCUUUCAAACAUUAUAAAAUGGAAAUAUAUUCACUAAGCUGAAAUUUGUCAGAUAUAAAUUUCUGAUUAGUCUAAUUGUACUAUGUAAAUACAUACCAUUCUCAAUUCAAUGUUGACAACUUAAUUACUCACAUUAUUUCAUGGGAUAUUCAAUAUAAUGUCAGGGUUUGAUCUGUAACAGUGUCUAAACAUUGGGAAUGUACAAAAAUGUUAAUCAUGGUACAUAUCCUUUUAUGUAAUGUGCAUUUGUAAGUAACCAAGUCAGAU